GCGAGAUCAAACGACAUAUCGCUGGCGCUCAUACCCGGCCCGAUAUCUGUGGGUCCAGACCAUGACAACGAUGGGACUCGUAACAGUGAGAGCAUUGCAUAUGAAUAUCCUGAGGGUGGACUCGCAGCAUGGAUCGUGGUGGCUGGGUCCUGUAUGAUGCUGAUGUGUACAUUUGGUAUGAUGAGCACGGUAGGAGUUCUCCAGUCCCACUGGGAGACGCACCAGCUCCAGGGAUACUCAUCGAGUACAAUUGGAUGGAUAUCAUCGGUCUUUGUGUUCCUCAAUCUGUCACUCAGUGUUCAAGUUGGUCCACUGUUUGAUCGUUAUGGUCCAAGGUGGAUGAUGCUUAUCGGUUCCGUGCUUUACGCUCUGUCCAUCUUCAUGUUAGGAUCUUGUGAAAAGUACUAUCAGUUCCUAUUGUGUCUAGGGAUGUUGGGUGGAGUGAGUAGCGCGUUAGUCUCCACACCGUGCAUGGUUGUUCUUUCGCAUUGGUUUCAUCGACGCCGAGGGACUGCCACUGGCAUCGCAAUGGCUGGCUCGAGUCUUGGUGGAGUAGCCUUCCCUAUGAUUUUGAGACCGGCUCUGAAGCAGCUUGGCUGGGCAUGGGCACUUAGACUUUUGGGAUUCAUUUUCGUGGUCUUCCUCGCUAUUGGCAAUAUCUGCAUCCGGAGCAGAUUGCCGAUCAAAACAGGAAAAGGAAAUAUUAAUCUGCGAUGCUUUACAGACUCCCGACUGAUAUGGGCCACUGUUGGAGCAUUUUUCAGUGAAAUCGUUCUCUUCGCCUCGCUGAGCAUGAUACCCUCUUAUGCAAUAGCCCAGGGCUUUGAUUCGCAGACAGGUUUCUAUUUACUGGCUGUAUUCAAUGCUGGUUCGGGAUUCGGGCGGUGGCUUUCAGGAACUGCGUCUGAUCACCUUGGACGUUUCAACACGAUCUCAGUCAUGAUGGCAGUGACCACAAUGCUCAUUUUCAUUUUGUGGUAUCCAUUUGGCCAUCAUAUUGGCGUACUAUACCCCUUUGUCGGUCUACUGGGAUUUGGGACCGGAAGCAUUCUCAGCCUGACCCCUGUAUGCAUCGGCCAAAUCUGUACAACAGAAGAAUUCGGGCAGUGGUAUGGAACAUGUUACUUAUUCGCAAGUUUUGGGACUCUGAUUGGAAUACCCAUAGGUGGACAGUUGCUCCAGGUGGCCGGUCCAACUCGCUUGGUAGCAUGUAUUGGUGGGUUACUUGGGAUUUCCUUCAUGAGCUUUGUUGUUGCCCGCUGGGCAUGUCUAGGCUAUGACUGGAAGUGGCAAGUAAAAGUAUAAGUGAGC